CUGAGAGACUCAUUUCCCGUCCCUGUGGUGAUGGGGAGCUCAGCCUCAUCGCUGGCUGCAGAGACGGAGUCAGACCAUGGCUUUCGCAGCGCCCCCUACCCGUCCUCCCCCCCUGUGGGCUGGCUCAGAAACAGCCACAGCAGUCCGGUGUGGGGCACCACCUUCAUCACGCGGCAGCAGCAGCCCCCGCUGCCUCACCGGGAGCGCAGCCACUCUCACUCUCCGGGCUCCAUGGCAGCGGCGGUGCGAGGCAGCGAGUGGUCAUGUGGACGCUGCACCUUCUUAAAUGCCGGCGGAGCUCCCCGCUGCUCCAUCUGCGAGGCGCCGCGGCAGAAGCCCGACCUGAACCAGAUCCUGCGGCUGAGCAGCAGCGAGGAGCACCGCUGGGCCUGCCCCCGCUGCACGCUCAACAACCCGCAGGGAUCCGGGGCCUGCUCCGUCUGCGGCUUCGGUCCGUCCCCCGCCACGCUCACCCCCCCCACCACCACGAUAGCCGCCACUGCCAACGGGCUCCCAGCCGCCCCCAAUGAACCCACCACACCCACCAGCACCCCCACGGUUCUGCUUGAGCCCCACGGGCAGCAUCCAGCCAAGGAGGAGGUACUGCGGCGGUCGGAGAGCAACGGGGAGGUGGGUGGUCUGGAGGGGCAGCACUCAGGAUGGGCCUGCCCGCGAUGCACGCUCCACAACACCCCCGUAGCACUGUCCUGCUCAGCUUGUGGCGGGCCCCGAAAACUGUCUUUGCCUAAAAUCCCUCCGGAGGCGUUAGUGGUGCCUGAGGUACGCACGCCCGUGCUGGGCUUUCCUGUCCACACAGCCGGGUCAGCGCCGCUGCUCAUCGACUUGACAGAUGACUCGCCCCCCGCCCCUCCCUGCGACCCCCAAGAAUCGCCCCACGUGUCCUCGCAGACCCUCUCCUCCGCCUUCUCUUCUUUUUCUUCCCUCCAAAACAAUCCCGUGCCCCGCAGCAGAAGAGAGGUGCCCCCUCCCGGCCGCCCGCAAAACCAAGGAACCAACACGCCCAGCCCCACCUCUCCCUCCACCGCCAGCGUGCCAGCCCAGCCGGCCCCCCAGCGACCGCCCAAGCCUAAGCACGCCCAGCCCCAGGAGCCCGCCUACCCCAGCAAGCGCCUCAGCAUCCUGGAGGAGGAGGAUGCCCACCACCCUCUGGCUCCCCAGCUGGUUCCUUCUGCGCCCCCCACCUGGAAGUGCCCUAGCUGCUCCUUGCCCAACACUAGUGGCUCGUCAAAGUGCGAGUCCUGCCGUGCCUCGCGGGCUGGUGCUGACCUCAUCGACCUGGUAGGCAGCGAGACGGUACGAUUUACUCCAGCCAGCCCGUCAAGCCCGGACUUUAGCACCUGGGCCUGCUCCAAGUGCACCCUGCGCAACCCCACCGGGGCCCCCAAGUGCUCGGCUUGUGGCUCUUCCAAACUGCACGGCUUUCAGGAGCAGCAGGCGUCCCGUUGCUGCGCACACUGUGGCCUCCCGGUAGGGCCUGGCCCCGCAUCCUGCUCCUGCACACCUUCCUCCUCCUCCUCAGGUCAUAAAACACGGAAACAGGCCCGGGGCUUUCCCUCCUCUUCUUCUGCAGUUGCUUCCUCCUCCUCCUCCUCUAGCUUUCAGGAGAAGGUAGGACAGUGGAGCUGCCCAGCAUGUACGCUUCUCAAUGACGUCAAGGCCAAGAACUGUGCAGCAUGCCACACACCCCAACAGUACCUCACCCUUCGCAAGGUGAUUAAGCCCCUAAAGAGGAGGGAAAGUAUGCACGUAGAGGCCCGUCGACGAAAUGACGAGGGCGAGGCCAAGGAGCUUUGGGAGAACAUCGUCAGCUUCUGCAGAGAGAACUCUGUGAACUUCGUGGAUGACAGUUUCCCCCCGGGACCGCGCUCCGUGGGUUUUCCUGAGGGCGACAGUGUCCAGCAGCGAAUCAAAAAGUGGCUCCGCCCUCACGAGAUCAACUGCAGCAACUUCAAAGACAGAUGUGUCAAGUGGUCCGUCUUUCGCACGCCAAGGCCAUCCGACAUCCUCCAAGGGCUCCUUGGAAACUGCUGGUUCCUGAGUGCUCUUGCGGUGUUGGCUGAGCGUCCAGAGCUGGUGGAGAGGGUGAUGAUCACCAGGACUAUCUGCCCUGAGGGAGCCUACCAGGUCCGGCUGUGUAAGGAUGGGACAUGGACGACGGUGCUGGUGGACGACAUGCUCCCCUGCGAUGACUACGGCUACCUGCUUUUUUCCCAGGCCCAGAGGAAGCAGCUCUGGGUGGCGCUGAUCGAAAAGGCCCUGGCCAAGCUCCAUGGCUCCUACUUUGCCCUGCAGGCAGGGCGGGCCAUCGAGGGCCUGGCCACACUCACAGGCGCUCCCUGUGACUCCCUCAUGCUCCAGGUCAGCUCAACCAACCCCCGGGAGGAGCCCAUCGACACGGACCUCAUCUGGGCCAAGAUGCUCAGCUCCAAGGAGGCUGGGUUUUUGAUGGGCGCGUCAUGCGGAGGCGGUAACAUGAAGGUCGAUGAUGCCGUCUAUGAGUCUUUGGGUCUGAGGCCUCGACAUGCAUAUUCCAUCCUGGAUGUUCGGGACGUCCAGGGUUACAGGUUAUUGCGGCUGCGUAACCCAUGGGGUCGCUUCUCCUGGAACGGAAGCUGGUCGGACGAGUGGACAGAAUGGCCGCAGCAUCUCCGUCACGAGCUGAUGGCUCAUGGCAGCAGCGAGGGGGUCUUCUGGAUGGAGUACACUGACUUCAUAAAGUACUUUGACUCUGUGGACAUCUGUAAGAUCCACUCGGACUGGCAGGAGGUGAGGCUCCAAGGCUGCUUCCCGACCAAAGCCAGCGGGCCGGUCACCGUCACAUCCCUCACCGUGCUGGAGCGGACAGCGCUGGAGUUUGCCCUCUUCCAGGAGGGAAGCAGGCGCUCAGACACAGCUGACAGCCACCUGCUGGACCUGUGCAUCAUGGUUUUUCGCGCCUCCUUUGGUAGCGGCAACAAGCUGACUCUGGGCCGCCUGUUGGCUCACAGCAAGCGGGCGGUGAAGAAAUUUGUCGGCUGCGAUGUCAUGCUGGAGCCGGGGGAGUAUGCUGUUGUCUGCUGCGCCUUCAACCACUGGCAGAUUAAUGUCAGCGGGACGGGAGGUCCACCCACACCCGUCUCAAGCCCUACCAGCGGACCAGCAAGGCGGCCCAGCCAGGACUUCCCUGGCCACAUCCUGGCCAUCUACAGCUCUCGGCAAGUGAUGGUGGAGCAGGUGGAAGCAACUGCAACCACGAUGGCCGACGCCAUCAUCCUACUCACUGAAAACAAAGGCGAAAGACACGAGGGCCGCGAGGGCAUGACCUGCUACUACCUGACGCACGGCUGGGCGGGGCUCAUUGUGGUGGUGGAGAACCGCCACCCCAAAUACUACCUCCAUGUCUCAUGUGACUGCACUGACAGCUUCAAUGUGGUGUCCACACGCGGCAGCCUCAAGACCAUCGACAGCGUACCACCUUUACACAGGCAGGUGCUGGUGGUGCUCUCUCAGCUGGAGGGAAACGCUGGCUUCUCAAUCACCCAUCGCCUGGCUCACCGUAAGGCAGCCCAGGCCUCACUGGGCGACUGGACUCCGACCAAGGCCACUCACAGCCCCCAGCUCACCCCAGACAUAGACGGCUUGCACCGGCCCCGGCCCCUAUGACCCCCGCCCUGUUUUAACCCCCUCACACACAGACUCUUAUCCAAUAAAAUGUCAGACCACUGGAAAAUAAUGCAAGGAUAGGGGAGUGAUGCUUGGAGCCCUAAAACAUAGAGGAAAAUAUUUUUUUUUGUGUGUGUGUGUUUUUUUUUUUAUGUACACAUGAAUGUAAAGCAUAGAUAGGCAGCAUUUCGCUGCUCUCUCAGUCUGUCAUCACACAUCCUGCCCCUUUUGCCAAGUGGACGUGCCAUGUACGGAUGGAAUGAGGGAAGUGGACUGUGUGAAGUGACCUGGGGAAAAUAAUAACGUACGCAGGCCCUUUUAAAGACCAAGUCCAAGCUUCAUUAGUUCUGCUGUUUGUGGCUGCUGGGAACCACCGUUGUUUGGGGAAACACAGUUCAGCCCUUGGUUUUCAUAUGCUAGAUGGCAAUCAUCCCCUCAGUUAGCGUAAGAAAAUGAGCGGAGUGCUGAAAACUACUGAGCCAUCUGCCUGCAUACAUUCUAAGAGCCAGUCACCCGGUCAGACACUUGCCCGCAAAAACAGCUAUCCAGGGGAGACAUUUUUCAAGUCACCACUUGUCAAUAUACGGUACAUGAUGAGCCAAAUCCAACUCGUGUUUCUUUUAUACACAACUCCUUCUCAGUCUUAUCCAGAUUGGUGUUGUUGAGGUCAUAGACGAGGCAGAACUGUGUGUCUCUGCUCUCCAUCGUCGUCACGUGCCGUCUAGCACACUCUCUAGCUCAGGACCAAACCUAUGUUUUUAGUACAAUAAGGUUCAUGUUAGUGUAGCAUCAGCUGACCAUAUAACUGAAUUAGCCUAUUUCUUUGUUCUUUCUUCUGUGGUGGUGUCAUCACUGCCUCUUUUAUAGGAACUGUGUAUUUGGGAGGUUUUGUCUUGUGAAAGUUUUUUUUUUCAUAUAUACUAAUUAGAAACAGCAGUUUCACAGACCUCAUUGCUCAUACUUAUUCUGAAUCACACUCAGUCACCUUGUUUUAGCGUCUAAAUGAUGGAAGUACUCAUGACAUGGGCAGACCUCCAGCAGGACCCCCGAGCACACAAGCUUUUCUUAGCCAUGUCGCAUCUUUCCAUUUAGAUGAAGUUUUUUGUGGGGUAACCUCUGGACGGAACAUCAGUCUGCAUCAUGCGCUGUAGCUUUUUCACACCCGAUGAAGGUCAGCGUGCUUCUCCCUCCUGCAUGGUUUGCUAGUUUGACGGUUUCUGCUCCGGUGCGUUUAGGGAGCUGUACAGGAACUCCUUGUGAGCAGUCAGGUUGCCACAGGGAGGGGCUGGUUUUCGUUUUGGGAGGGCGGAGGG